GUUUGAACAUAAUCUGAGAGCGAAUAGCACCGCAGAAGUAAAAGAGCACCAGAUAAUCAAUUGCGUUCCCAGGAGUCAUGCUCUCCCCGCAACGCAAACUGCGCUCGGGGCUCUACUUCCGAGCUCCGGUGGCGUUGAAUAUGCCCGAUCCGCCCGGUCGGUCGCUUCUCAAGGCUGCACACGAUAACACGACUGCCGAGUUUGACCGGACCAGCAGCAAAGGAUCCGACGAAGCACCGCCCAUAGGAGCCAGUGGGAAGGCGGGUGACACUACUGAGGUAUAGAUUUUUAUCAACGCUCAACAAGAGCAUCAUGAGGUGGUUUCUGAUUGUGCUGUGUUGUAAUCUUCAAGUUUAGAUCCCGAGCGACUGCCUGUACAUAGGUACUAGAUGGAGACCUCCUCCCGCGCAAACCUGGCCUACUUCAGCUGUUCGUGAAGAGCGGCGGGGUUUUUUGUGCCACGCUAGUUUCCGAGCUGCGUGCCAUUGCCGACGGUGCGCACUCGCGUGCGGAGGAGGACUUGAUUAAGGCACUGCAGGAGAUUGUGGCGGUGGGCUUGUUGCACGACGCGCAAGACGACCUUUCUGCCGAAGAGGAAGCACCCCCCGCAGAAGAUCAUUCCCCCGCACCCACUUUAUCUGGUCCUCACGCUCUCCAAUCCGCACGGCACGCCGUGCGCGACGCGUUGGUCACGCGUGUAACCGCCCGGCACGCGACUCGGGGUCUGUCACUCCGCCGGGAGAAGCCUCUGGCGCGGUUGGUAAAGCCCUCACUGGCAAUGCCGGAAGAAGAGGACGAGAUCGGGUUUAAUACGCCGAAUUUACUACAGUUGGACUUCGCCAGGGUGUUGCAGCGGUUUGUAACUGACAUCCAAACGCAGUUGAAGAACAUGUCGGAGUUGUGGUUUGACGUGGAUAAAAUCUUGUCCUAUUCGUCAAAUGGAAGCUCUGUUGAUGCUGAUGAUGCUGCAAUGUUGGGUGUAAACGAGGACUCCGAUGUAGUAGAACUCUUGUCCUCCGGUGCGCUCGACGACGGGGACAAGGAUGCAACAGCAGCCGGCGCAGAUUGUUCCCUGACAAAUCGCGGCCCGUCCUGGCUACCACCUAGUACCCCGUCUGCAGACUUUUGGACGCUCGUGGUAGCAGUAGCGCAAACACUCUUUCGCGAGGCCGCGGCGGAGCGCUUAGCGAGCUUGUACUUGAAGCUUUUGCUGUUGAACCGCGGCAGUGCCUACGAUCCCAGCACGCAAGGAGCGUACCACGACAAGAUUCACCACGAUAUUCACGCGUUUGGCUCGUGUUUUGCGGACUGUGAGAACGCGGUGAAUGCGCUCUACGACAUGCACGAGAUUGUCGGGUAUAGUUUGGAACUGAGUACGCUUUCCGCGAUUGUAUUGUCCUCUUGCAGGACCAAGAAGUGCAGCUUUGUCUGUGCAAUUGACGGUGGCAAGACAAGCCUAAUAGCCGAAAAAUCAUGUACAAUCAUAAAUCGCAAAUACAUAAAAACAUCAGAUGCGAGUACGUGAUGGUGCCCAUGGUUUGCGUCCGGCUGCUGACGCGGUACGCUGGAUUAACCUUGCGCGACGUCGAGCAAGUACUCCGGUUCCACCCGUUGCGCGAUAAGACUUUCGUCCGCGAUCUGAAGCAGCUCAUGCUCCAAACCGACGAGAAGCGGAAGCUGCAUACGACAACCUCCGGUGAUGGGAGUAUCGGAGCGGAGGAUGGAAGGGAGACGCACAUUUGGCGGGGCGGAGUUUUCGACUGGGUUCACACGCCUUUCUGGUGGAACAGAAAUAUCGCGAACAAGAAGGCAGGAGCGGGGUAGUAGAGAUCAGAAGGCAAGAAAAAUUGAAUUUCACCAUCUUCUUCGCUUCCGUGUAUGAUUGCAAGGUUUUUUCGGCACUAGAAAGCCUGCCUGCUGCGGCGUGUGCCCAGUAGCUGAUAUUUCGAUAGUCCCUUUUUUGCAUUUUGUUGGAGAUUUUGCCAGUUUCUGUAUGAUUUACACGACCACAAAGGUAAUGUAUCCUGAAACUUUUGGAACAGCUCAAUUUUUUUUGGCAUGGUGAAGAGCCUUGAAAUUGAUAAUCAUAAAGCAACUUUCAU